AUGAUGAAGAACGUAAGCAAGGCGACGCCUGAGUAUGCGACAUCUGAAACUUUGGUGUGGUGGGACAUGGACAGCUGUCCGCUCCCCAAUGGUUAUGACCCAAGUCAGCUCGGUCCGAGAAUAAACACGGAGUUAAAGAAUCUAGGCUACAACGGUCCGCUCACCAUCAUUGCCCUUGGUAACCUGGACGGGAUCCCUCAUGAGUUCCUGAAUGUGCUCUCUUCCAACGGAUUCAUUAUUAAACACUCAGGAUACGGCAUGUAUACGGACAUGUCAGAAUAUUUCGUUUCGCGCAACAGACUUUGUCAGCCUCCUCCGGUGACAAUAAUACUCAUAUCCGGCCUUCCUGGUCUAAUGGAAUCAGUCACUUACCAGAUUUACGUCAGGCCCGACUGUGGAUACAACCUUCUACUGGCAUAUCCACCACAUGUUGAACCUAAACAACCACAUCCUUCAUCCUUUGUCCACUUUGGGUCCUCCAAUGAGGAGAAGGAGACAAGAAGACUCAACAACAAAGGCAGUGGAAUGCCGUUUUCUUGCGGAUUAUGCUAUUUUUUCUGCCCUACCUUUGAAGAUUUCACCAGUCACCUCCAGAGCGACAAGCAUACACGCGAGCUUUCUUCAUUAGUAAACUGGAAACCUAACCAGAAACUUAUGGAAAUGCCCGUUAUCGGAAAACAACACUUGGCCAACUUUACAAAAGCCUUGAAGACACCAAACUUGUAUGUCACUUUGGUUUUAAUAUUACACCGAUAUGACAAGAAAACCAGCGCCAAUCAUUCAAAAUGUUAUGAAAUGCCAAAAAAAGUGUGGAUAACAGUUAGCAUCAUAUCAGUUACUUUUCCAGAAAGCACUUGGUUAAAAAAAGAAGAAAAGAUGAUGAAGAACGUAAGCAAGGCGACGCCUGAGUAUGCGACAUCUGAAACUUUAGUGUGGUGGGACAUGGACAGCUGUCCGCUCCCCAGUGGUUAUGACCCAAGCCGGCUCGGUCCGAGAAUAGACACGGAGUUGAAGAAUCUAGGCUACAAUGGUCCGCUCACCCUAAUUGCCCUUGGCGACCUGGACGGGAUCCCUUAUGAGUUCCUGGAAGUGCUCUCUUCCAACGGAUUCGUUAUUAAACACUCAGGAUACGGCAUGUAUCCGGACAUGUCAAAAUAUUUCGUUUCGCGCAACAGACUUUGUCAGCCUCCUCCGGUGACAAUAAUGCUCAUAUCCGGCCUUCCUGGUCUAAUGGAAUCACUCACUUGCGAGAUUUACGUCAGGCCCGACUGUGGAUACAAUCUUCUACUGGCAUAUCCACCACAUGUGAAACCUAAACAACCACAUCCUUCAUCCUUUGUCCGCUUUGGUGGAGAGUGGCUCUGGAGUAGGGCUAGCUUACUGAAAGGGUCCUCCAAUGAGGAGAAGGAAACAAGAAGACUCAACAAAGGCAGUGGAAUGCAGUUUUCUUGCGGAUUCUGCAAUUUUUUCCGCCCCACCUUUGAAGAUUUCAUCAAUCACCUCCAGAGCGACAAGCAUACACGCAAGGUUGCAGUGCAUAAUGGUGCCAGGGAUACCAAGUUUAAGCUGGCUCUUAAAGAAUUAGAGGCGGAUAAGCUUUCAGAGCAUUAUCUUGAUCAAUUGUGGGAAAGAAAAUCCUACUUUAAUCGUCGGCAUAAGCAUCUUACUUCCAACCCGUUUAAGCAAUCUAAGGCAGAAAUGUCGAACAUUCAAAAAGUUGCUUCUUCCCUUCCAGAGAAUUCUACAUCUAAGACAAAGAAGGCAAAAAAUUUGGAGGUUGAACAAGAAUUCGAGUCUUCCCUUCCAAAGAAUACUAUUGCGAAGGAGCAAUCGAAGUCAAAAAUGUCCAUGAUUCAAGGAGAGUACAUGGCCCUCCGUGGUGAUCUUGUUCUCUAA